AUGAGUGAAGAAAAAGAAGAAGAAGAAGAAAAGAAGAUUGACUACUCGCAAAGAGCACAGUGGCUUCGUGCCGGUGUAAUGGGAGCCACGGACGGAUUAGUAUCAGUGGCUUCGUUAAUGAUGGGAGUGGGAGCGGUUCGAACCGACGCAAAAGCAAUGCUUCUUGCUGGUUUUGCAGGAUCAGUUGCAGGAGGUUGUAGCAUGGCAAUAGGUGAGUUUGUUUCUGUGUACACACAGUAUGAAGUCGAAGUUGCUCAAAUCAAGAACAAAACAAUUUGUGAAGACGUGCAAAUGGUUAAGAAAGCGUUACCUAAUCCAUUGCAAGCUGCAUUGGCAUCUGCAUCGUGUUAUUGUUUAGGUGCGGUUCCUCCUUUGGUGGGAGCAGCGUUUAUUAGAGACUACCGUACAAGGAUUAUGGUGGUUUUGGCGGUGGCUACUCUCUCUUUGUUUGUGUUUGGUUGGAUUGGGUCUGUGCUUGGAAACACACCAAUGCUUAGGUCUUGUGCUAGGCUUCUUCUUGGUGGAUGGAUGGCUAUGGCUAUUACUUUUGCCUUAACCAAAUUAUUUGCUUUUACCGGUUUGCAAUUCUGA